AUGGCGUCCGAACCCAUGCUACUCACAUCCGACCAGUUCUCGAAACGCUUUCUGGAGGUCAAGAGCGUACCAAAGUAUGAUGCUACCCAAGAGCAGAAGGCAGAUCACGAUUGGUGGAUCCUCGACAAGACAAGCGUUCAGGUCACACUGAAAGAAAUCGCCGAACUUGUACAGAGUGCCAUGAAAGGGCUGCCCAAGGACGAUCGAGAGCUCGAGCACCUUUUGAAGGCCAUUACAAAAGUUCAGCAAAUCGAGAAGAAGCCCCCCAUCAAGGUAGCUCUUCUGGGCGCUCAAGGUGCCGGCAAAAGCUUGUUUAUCAACGCGCUAUUCGGCAUUGAUGGUCUUUCCUUGACCGGAGCAGAUGGAGCAGCUUGUACCAGCGCUAUCGUCAGGUAUGCUCAAUACCCCAACAACGAAGCCGGCGACCAAAUAUUUUACGCCGAGAUCAAGUUCUUGAACAGGGAAAAGAUGGAAGAGAUGUUGAAAGAGCACAUCAAAUCGUACACCCAAUACUACGACGACGCCGAUGACUCAGACGAUGAGGAAGGCCCCCGCGUGAAAUCUUUCCAGCAAGACGAGCUUGACCGCCGCCUGAAAGAUACAGCAGAAGACGUCUUUCUCACUAUCUUCGGUUCAAGAGAGCAAUUCAAAGAUAGUUGGAGCACAAGCGCCUACGAGGAAGGCGAAUUUAUGAGCAUUUGCCAGGCGAAAUGCAGCGAGGCAAUGCGCAAGUACGACGCAGACUCCAAUGGUGUGCAUGGCGUACCCGCUGGCAGUGCAACGGAGUUGAUGAAAAAGAUCAAACCCUUUCUUACCAAGAUAAAGGGCGAGCCAUGCCUUUGGCCUUUGGUAGACUCCGUCACUAUUCGCUUGCAGCACGAACUUCUCCAGCAAGGUCUUGAGAUUAUCGAUCUUCCCGGAUCGGGCGAUACCAACUUGUCAAGAACUCGACACGCCGAGGAGAUCAAGGCAACUGUCGAUGUUGAGAUCGUUCUGGCUGACACCAUUCGGAUCACAACCGACGAUACCAUCAUUCAAACCACGCGAUCGGGUAUUCUUCAUCAUGGGUCAUCGAACGUUAAAGUAGUCGCCACCAAAAUCGAUUCGAUAUCGGACAAUCAGCUCAAUCAAUGUACCGGAUUACUCUACGACGAGCUGAAAAGGCUUAUGCAAGAGGCAGACAACGAAGCAGCGGCUGCAGACGAACAAGGCGACGAUGAGACUGUGAUGCUCAUGUCGAGAUACAAGCAGUAUGUUGAACGUCGCUUGAAGCUUGCGAAGAUCCGGGAGCGUGCACAAGACAUUUCGGUCGACCUUGCUGCAAAACUUGGAGGUCGAACUGAUAGCGACCGUGUUGGUGUUUUCCACAUCUCCGCUGCUGACUAUAUGUCAUGGAUCAAGUCGCCCAAAAUCAUGUUCAAGGAUCAACCUGCUCUACAACCCAACGAUACCGGUAUUCCAGGUUUGCGUCAGUUUCUGUUCAAUCUUCCAGCUCAGCAGAACCUAAACGACGUUGAUACUCACAUCAGAGCCGGAGUUCCUGCUUUCGUGGAGAAAGUAAGAAGGGUCUCGACGCAGUCAGACCGCGAUGCUGGGUUCCGCACGAUCGCUGACGAAUUCGACAAGCUCCGUGGACCUCUUUUGGCCGACUUAGUAAACCAAGCAAAGGCGGUUGCCAAGAAGGUCUUCAAAGAAAGCAUCGUCAAAGUCCGAGUCGACGUGAAAGGUUACAAGAAGGAGGUCGAUUCCGUCUUGGUCAAGCGUUGGUCCGUAAUCCCUACCCAGACCUUCAAAGUUGUCCUUCGAUCAAGAGGUCUAGUUCGCCCCGGCGCCUCUAAGUCCGUGUUUCUCAAAAAUGGGUGCGAUUGGAACAAGCACCUCGCGACCACCCUCGCUCCCGGAUUCCGGAACUGGUGCCUCACGUACAAUGAACAAACACAACCCCUGAAAAAGGCAUUACGGGAUUCUAUCGACAUCAUUUACCAGAAAGCAAUGAUGGAAAUAGAUGAUUCCGCGGCGAACAUAUUGAUCAUCGAAAGGGCCAAAAGCAAGUUGCAAAAGAUACGUGCAAAACUGGGACUCAAAAUGAAAGCUCUUAUGGAAGAGGUUGAGAAGACUGCGAAGAGCUCUCUGUACUGGGCAACUAUGGAAGAUGAGUGCAGUAACAGCCUUGUCUCUUGCAUCACAGACGGCAUCUUCGACCAGGUCUUCAAUGCGCGGCCCCCACUUCAUCAACCCAAGCGAGCUGGAACCACGACGAAACAGAAGUACGCAACACCAGUUGGAAAGUUCCAGAAAGACCUAUUGGCAGAAUUGAUGAUAACGCCUGGAGACCAUUUCGUGGACCGCACCAUUGAGUACUUUGAGCAAGAAGUUGUCACCAACAUGAACCGGGUUAUCGACAAACAUUUCGGAGAAAUCAGCACCCUCAUGGAUCACUUUAGCAACACUCUUCGAGAGCAAGCCCCAAUCGACUAUCCCAUGACAGCGGUUGGCGAGGCCAUACGCGCAGACCUGAAAGAGCUCAUCCCCACACUCGAGGAGAAGGCUCUCCAGCUACAACGCCUCCUCCCCAAGAUUAUGAAGUCAGAUGACGAGACAGCUCUUGUCCCCAUUGAGAAAUACUCUGAUGCCAAGGAUCAGGACAUUGAUUUACAAGCGCUUUACACGAAGGCGGUCAAUCUCGAGAAGAACAGCGAUCAGAAUGGAUCUACCAAGCAUAAGCCGAAGCGAGGAACUGAGACUUCUUCCAAGCGGAUGAAGCUGGAGUGA